AUCCAGUUUGUUUCUUCAUCGUUACAUUUUCGUUACUUCAGUCUUUAGCUAAUAAUCUUACAGUUUUGUGAUGAACUCAAACAAAUAGACAGUUGUUACAACAUCAGCAGUUUCAUCGUUCUUAAAUUGGACAGUCAAUAUCAAGUUAUGGAUCAUGGGUUUAGAUGAUCAUCGUACUUUUGAAUAUAAACGACAGACAGGGUUCAGUACGACCCAAUAGUACAAAAGCAUACUUUCUCUAGUUAUGUUACAACUUUAUUGGUUUGGUGGUCAUAAUUUGAGUAGAACUAAUGUUCAACGCUCCUGACCACAAAGAGUUCAGUUAACAACAAGUUUUUUUCUUCGGAAUGAGACACAUCAACUAGUAGCGGUUGCUUCAGAACGCACACAUUUCUAUUUCUCCUUUACAAAAAGCUUUGGUGGAUGGAAUGAAGAACUGUUCAGUUCUAGGAGUCUAGGACUAUUUAUCUUUAGCAGCUGGUUGGCAAAACGUGAGAACCAAACUAGUGGAGUUGUUGGGGGUUCAUACAUAAGCAAAGAGCAUCAUGCAAACCUAAUUGGCUUGGCCAACAACACAUAGUUCUGACAGAAGUUGUUAACUGAUUAUUCUCAAGGUAUAAUUUGGAGAAGCAGGCAUCAAGGUAACCAUGGCUGAAAUGGGAGAAGCUCUGAGAUCCUGCAUGGAGCGGCUGGUGAUUGCCAGGGAAGAGCGGGAGCAGAUCAUCGUGGAGGCGGCUAACGAGAUAUCCUCCGAGAAGAAGAAAGUGCGCGAGCUCCAGCAGAAGCUGGAGGACGCGAACAAGAAGGUCGCGAAGCUCGCCGCCGAGAACAACCACCUCAGCAAGGCCGCUGAAUCCAAGGACGCACUGAUCGGGGAGCUGAGGCAGUCCGCGGCGGCCACUGGGGACAAGCUCGCCGACGCGACGGCGAGGCUAGAGUCGGCGCAGAAGCAAGCCGGGUCGUUGCAGUACGAGGUGCGCAUGCUCCAGAAGGAGCUGGAGGUCCGGGCCCAGGAGCGGGAGUACGACCUCAAGUCCGUCGACGCCGCGCGCCGGCAGCAGGCGGAGCACCUGAAGCGGAUCGCGGAGCUGGAGGCCGAGUGCCAGCGGCUGCGCGCCAUGGUCCGCAAGCGCCUCCCCGGGCCGGCGGCGAUCGCCAAGAUGAGGGACGAGGUGGAUCAGCAGCCGACCCAGACUACCACAUCAGCCAGCCCGAGCCCUAGGCGGCCGCGUACCGCGCUGCCCUCCUCGCCGCGGUCGGUCGUCGCGCCGCGGACCCCGUCGCCGCGGCGCUCCUCCGUCUCGGACGCCGAGGGCUACGCGUUCAAGCUCCGCGCCGUGGAGGAGGAGAACAGGGCGCUGAAGCAGGCGCUCGCCAAGAGGGAGAGCGAGCUGCAGUUCAUGCAGAUGAAGUACGCCGACGAGGCCUGCAAGCUGACGGUGGCUCAGAGGCAGCUCAAGGAGCUGACGGAAGAGAACAGGCAGCUCAGUGACGCCAACAGUCAGUCUGAAUCCUGGGCUUCUGCUCUGGUUUCUGAACUGGACAAGUUCAGGUCAGGCAACCAGAAUGGUGGUGCGUCCAUCAUGGCAUCAUCUUCAUCUGAGAUGAACUUGCUCGAUGAUUUCGCUGAGAUUGAGAAGCUGGAGAUGGCGUCAGGUGAUCAAAAGAGCAAUGCGCAACGCGCAUCUCCAAAGAAGGCGGAUACAGGACUGGUAAUGCAAGAGCAGAAUGGCAAUGGUCCUGUCCUGGAUGGUAGUGUCUCCAACGGCCAUCCUGAAAAGGUCAAGAAUAUUUGGGAACUAGUUGUGCACAAGCAUGAAGCAAGUGGGAAAAGUGUUGAAACUAUCAUUGAACAGAUAAGUCAAGCAUUGGAUCAGAAGGCUAUUUCUGCCAGAAGAGAUGAUUCAGAUGUGAGUGACCGGUCUGAAAUAGAGAAGGCAGUGAGAAAUAUGGUUGAGGAAAUCACUUCCAUGAUCCGAACAUAUGAAGAAGACAAUGUUGCAAGAUCAAGAGCGCUGUUGCACAACAAGUAUGAACUUUUUCGCCACCUUGAGCGCCUGGUUCAGGUUUGUCAUGACCUACUAGAAGGGAAAUGGAACCUUGGAAAGUUCAUAGAUGAGGUUUGCCUCAUCCUAAAGUAUAUAGUGAGCCAUUACUUCUCAGAUCAAGAUCAGACCGACACUGUGAACAGUUUAGAGAAUUUUGAUGGAGUUAAGUCAUUGAGUACAGUUACCGCAAAUGGUACACGUGACACUGAAAGCGCUAAACCAGCAGCAACUUCAGCUAUUCAGACAGAAGCAGAGGAAGAAUCAGUUCAGUCAGCUGGAAGCCAGAUUAUGGCCAAUCUUCAGAAGCCUGAUAUAGAACUAAUACAUGCUAUACAAGUCCAGGAUGAUAGUAUCGUUCCAGGGGCAUAUUAUGAGAUAAAAAGCCCUGCUGCUGAGGCAAGUGUGGAACAUUGUGCAGCUCAAGAGGAAAGUCAUCUAGCAACGAACUCAGAGAUCCUCGCAGCAGCAGACAAGCUCGCCGAGUGCCAGGAGACGAUUACGAUUCUGAGCAAGCAGCUGCAAGCUCUAAAGAUGCCAGCAACAUCAGGUCCUCUAGACACCUCCUCCAUCUGCAACCCCAGGCCGAGCUCCGCCGCCGCGUCCGACUACAGGCCGCAGUCGCUCGCGAGCAUCCUCGCCGAGAAGUUGGCCGACGCCGAGGCCUCCAUGUCUCCCACCACACCCAGGCAACAAGUGCUGUCCAAGAAAGACGAAGGUGAGGUCUGUGCUACGCCGAGGAGGAGCGCAGCACAGCAGCAGGAGGAGGAGAACGCCGGUGCUGGCGACAAGGAUUCGAUGCAGAUCGUCAUCCAUCCGGUGUUCGCCGCCGCGCCGCCGCGGCAGGACGAUUUUUCCGAUGACCCGAAGAGGAAGAAGAAGCGCGGCACGAGCCUGCUGGGCAGGAUCAUGUUCAGGAAGAGAGUGGAAGGCAGCUCCUAGGCCGACUGCGCUGAACUGCAUCGUGAUCGACAUGGUGGUGCACUCUGCAACCUGCAGCCUGCUGCAGGUGUGAAAUGGAUCCGGCCAGCGCUGCUGCGACCUGCGACGUUGUGAUUAGUGAUUUGUUAACGUGUUCUGUUUAUGCGUUUCCUGUUCUCAGUGAGCGAUCUUUUUUGGUCGUACAUUCUGUUCCAGAGCCUUAGUGGCUGAUGGCAACUGGUUCUGGCACAUGGUGUGGGCUACGUAUCUGCAUUUUGUUUUUGACGUACAUGGACGAAUUUUUUUUCAGUGUGUAUUUAUGAACAUCACGGUUGUGCACAUGUUAAUUUAUUGGAGGAGAAUAGGUUCUUUUAUCCUUA